GUCUCGCAGCACUAGUUUAUGCAUACAUGUCUAUAUACAUACUAGAUCUGACACUCGGUAGAUCGAUACGGCUGUUCUUCGUGUUCAACUGCUGCAUACGAACAAAUAUAAGGAUGAAUAUCUAAGGUAAGGUUGAGUUAAUGGCCUCUAUGCAGCAUUUUGUUUCCCUGGUUCUUACUGGUACGCGUACUUGACAACCGAGUACAGAGUACCACGUACGUGCCAUCAGAUGCAUGCAUUGAUCAGUCGAUUUGAAUACCCUCUGCAACUACUUGUCGUCACCCUGUCCUUGACAUUUGAAAGGGAACAGAGGGAGCAUGUACAGAGGAGCACACAUCAAUUUCUUUUCGAAAAAAAGAAGGGUUAUGGAACGUAAGUACAGGAUGGAUGACAGUGCACUCGCGUUUUUACACAUUCCUUGAUAAAGUUGGUCAAGGCCCAGGGGAAUAUGGGUAGACGUGGUGCUGCUUUUGCUAGAUGGCUCCAUCCCCACAAGCCACACCCCCAAAAGCUUUGGAGUCUCGACUCUCUGCAGAGCGAUGUGAUUUGAUUUUCUCACUUUUGUUCCCCCCACAUCCCCUCUACCUUUUGCCCCUCGCUACCCUUCAUCUGCCCUCUCUGCUCAAGCUAGAUGCUAAUGUGAUCUUUGCCUUCUGGAAAGCUGCUCUUUGGUUUGAUUUAACCCUGUGAGCUUUACUCUUCAUGUCCAAUACAUACCUUUCUUUUGCACUAGCCAAGACGUUUCUGCUCACGCAGGGAAGGAAUUAAUGUGGGCCGUAGCCCGUAGGCCACACAUUUGCGUGGUCCUUAGAUGGGCUGGUUCCGCUUCGCAGUUCAGGCCCAGCCUGGGGGCCUUUACAAGUUUACAACUCUGCUCUGCAUUAUCAUGACACGCAUAGUGACUCACUGGGACUCGAGUAUCCACCGCCCUUUGCUUCCUGCACGCUUUGCUUUUGCCGUCUUUUAAAGUACAAGUGUUAAGCAAACACCACAUCAUUAUGGAAAUACAUACGGGAUCCCAUCCCACCCCUCUGGGUUAUCAUGAUCAGUGCCAGCUGCGACGUUGCUUUGGGCUCGAGUGGUGCUUAUUUGUUCCUUGCUUCAGGGUUCAGACAAAAGAUGUCCUAGCUAGCUGGGUUAAUUAGAGGACACAUACGGUGGUGCGGUUAGCCUUUGAUUCCUUUGUGCUCUGCUAGGGGCAAUGUGCGCCAUGUCUUGCCUUGUUAGAAUUCAGAGAGACGUUUGAUGAAACUGGUUAUCAUCGGUUCAGCCACUCUGAUAUGUUUGUUGCUGGAAGAAAUGGGUAUCUGAAUAUUCAGCCACUAACAGUUGAAGGACAUGGUGCUCAAGUUCUCCGGCUCCGGCAAGCAGUACAAGGCCUCCGGGAGCCCAUCAUUCAGGAGCAAUCGGUUCCACCGCUCCAGCCGGCUCGCCGCGUACCCGGGCAUCAUCGACGAGUCCGGCUUCACGUCCGACGGAGCCGGCGAGGCCUACAGUUACAUGAGAACAACUACGAGCGCCGCCCCGUCGUCGGCGUGGGACAGGGACAAGGUCAACCGUGGGUUCCGGCCGCCGCACGUGAGAAGCCCGAGCACGAGCUGGAUACCGAGCAUUAUCGGGGAGGAGGAAGAGGAGGACGAUGACGACGAUGCUGACGAGGAGGCUGUGGUGCUGGAGGAAGACCGCGUGCCGAGGGAGUGGACGGCGCAGGUGGAGCCCGGCGUGCACAUCACCUUCGUCUCCAUCCCCGGCGGCGCCGGCAACGACCUAAAGCGCAUCCGCUUCAGCCGGGAGAUGUUUAACAAGUGUGAGGCGCAGCGGUGGUGGGGCGAGAACUACGACCGCGUGGUGGAGCUGUACAACGUGCAGACGUUCCGGCAGCAGGGCCUCUCCACGCCGUCGUCCUCCGUCGACGACGCCAUGCAGCUCGACGAGGGAGAGCCCGGCCCCGAUACCGCCUCCGGCAGCGGCGAGCAGCAGAGAGCGGCCGCCGAUCAGCCGGACCGCGUCGUGCAAGGCGAGCCGGGCGGCAUGCUACCCGUCGUCCGCGGCCGUGCCGGACCCGUCGGACCACGUGUGGGCGCACCACCUCAGCCUGCUCAACUCCGCCGCGGGCGCGUCGGGCGCGGCGGCGGGGCCCUACGACCCGUCCCCGCGCGUCACGACGUCGUCCCGCGGCGACGAGGCAUCAUCCGUCGUGUCCGUGAGCAACGCGAGCGAGCUGGAGGGCGCGGAGCAGUGGGUGGAGCAGGACGAGCCUGGCGUCCACAUCACCAUCCGCGAGCUCGCCGACGGCACCCGGGAGCUCCGCCGCGUGCGCUUCAGCCGGGAACGGUUCGGCGAGGAGCGGGCCAAGGUUUGGUGGGAGCAGAACCGGGACCGGAUACACGCGCAGUAUCUCUAGCCUCGACUCGAGCGAGGAGUUAGGAAAAGGAUUACUGUACUUAGCGUUAAUUAGUUGUUCGUCUAGUUACGUUCUGCAGGGUGAUCGAACAGAGAGAGGAGCAGUGGUUUGGUUUGAAGAAGCCUAGCCUUCAGGUUGUAUCUCGAUGUAAAAUAUCCGUCUUCUUUACCGACCUUUUCGGGUUGUUUCUCGAUGAACACAAAGUUUUAUUUGUUUGUUUUAACAAGGUUCUGUAAGGUGCUUUGAUUUGCUGGGUUUUCA